AUGCGAUUUUUGAUUGUCAUUACAUUGCUUCGGUUGAUCAAUGCAUCUAAUGUUCCAAAAUCAAAAAACCUUCCUUGUAUUCGAUACAAGGACAUGAUACCGACAUAUGCAUGUAAUUACCAAAUUAACAAUCAUGCAAAGUACUGCGAGAAUAGUACAUUAUACAAACCUAAUACUACUUGUCUAUGCAAUAACAUUAAUUGGCUUGCAUCAGUCCUUGGAUGUUUAUCAUAUGAAGGAAAAUUAGAAACAAAGAGUAUUCAAGGGGUCAAGAAAUUUUGUCGAAUAAAUGGUGGAGUGGAAUUGACCCAGGAAAGAGUAGGGAUUGCCUAUCGAAGGUAUAUUGAUAGCGCGACAGAUGCGUCAUUGACAACAACACCAGGCGUCAGCAUUAUAGUCGAUGAACCAAUUUUAUUGCUGUCGCUGGAAGUGCACCUAUAUAGAAGGGCUUAUGAGAAAUAUCUUGGUAACUUUGAUGACUCGAUAUACUACGGAACUGCUAUAUAUGGAUAUUGGACAAUUGUGCUACUACUCGCAGCCGUUGUUAAUUGGGGAAAACUCAUAUUCCCUACCUGGUCAAAUUCAAGUCUUCGAAUCAUUCAGAAACAUGUAAUUUUACCGGCGUUAGGAGCGAAAUCCAAAGCUCAAACACAAUCGUUGGGACCGAUUGAAUUCAUCGUUCCUUCUCGGUUUGAAGCUUUGAUUUUGGGGCUCUUUAUGGUUUUAUUGGCGAUGUUGGCAUUAAUAAAUACGGACCCCGUUGAAGGAGACCCAAUUUACUACAUCAAAAGCAAUGCCCAGUUGAGAUAUGUAGUUGAUAGACCUGGAAUCAUCUCGACGAUGUUGGGUCCAUUGGUGGUUUUAUUUGCUGGACGAAACAACUUCCUAUUAUGGAUCACUAGAUGGCAACACGCAAGAUUUUUAACACUUCACAGAUGGGUGGCUAGAACCAUGGUUGUGUUGGCUUUGAUACAUGCGAUCGGUUACACGAGACUACUCGGAACAUUUUACUAA